GAUUGCGGCCUCGCUUUCGACGUGGCGGGCCCCGUCGUCGCCGGCCGCGUGCUGUCCGAGCCGGGCCUCCUUCCCAACCUUGGCGGCAUGCUGAUGAGCGCGCGGGGGAAUCAGCGCCGGUGGCUGCAGCUCGCGGGCUGCGCCCCGCAGGGGCCGCAGAGGGUCGGCAGCGGCCUCCCCGAGGGAGACCCCUGGUCACCAGCGGCCCUCUGCGCUAUGCUAGCUCCGCUCAACGUGCAGCUGCGCGCCGACCACCGCGCUUGGAAGAGCCCCGGGAUCGCCGCCGCGCUCCGGGCCCCUGACAACUGGACAACGUGGUCAGCGACGCUGUGCUUGAAGGAAAACGAGAAGAAGAAGCAAUUGCUGCACCGGCGCCCUAGCCAAUGGCGGCUACUUGCAGAGGCGGGGGUCGACCCGGCCAGCGUCCGCGAUGCCAUCGACGCGCUGGAGGCCAAGAUCACCGGAGG